AUGGCUCAAUACGAUUUCAAGAAGAUCACUGUCGUCCCAACUGGGAACGACUUGAUCGACAUCGUUCUCUCUCGCACUCAGCGCCAGACCCCUACGGUGAUCCACAAGGGGAAUGCAAUUUCCCGCGUCCGCCAGUUCUACAUGCGAAAGGUGAAGUUCACCGAAACCAACUUCACCGAUAAGCUCUCGAAAACCAUUGAGGACUUCCCUCGAGUAGAAGAUAUCCAUCCCUUUUACGGCGACCUCCUCCACGUCCUCUACAACAAGGAUCACUACAAACUCGCACUCGGGCAGCUCAACACAGCGAGAAAUCUCAUCAAGAGGAUACGCGAAGACUAUGUGAAGCUCUUGAAAUAUGGCGACUCGCUCUACCGGUGCAAGUCGUUGAAGCGUGCAGCACUUGGCCGAAUGUGUACUGUGACCAAGCGCAUUGGGCCGAGCUUGGCUUACCUCGAACAUGUCAGGCAGCACAUGGCGAGGCUUCCCUCGAUCAACACGGGCGCUCCAACGAUCUUGAUUUGUGGGUGCCCCAAUGUUGGGAAGAGCUCUUUCUUGAACAAGAUCACCAGGGCUGAUGUGGAGGUCCAGCCAUAUGCUUUCACCACGAAAUCGCUCUUUGUGGGGCAUACGGACUACAAGUACCUGAGGUAUCAGGUGAUCGAUACACCGGGGCUCUUGGACAGGCCUCUUGAGGAUAGGAACAUCAUCGAGAUGUGCAGCGUUACAGCUCUCGUGAAUCUCCAUGCCGCUAUCUUGUUCUUCUUGGACCUAUCGGGCUCGUGUGGCUACAGCAUCUCUCAACAAGCAGCAUUAUUCCACAGCAUCAAGAUGAUGUUCAGGAACAACCCCGUGCUCAUUGUCUGCAACAAAACAGAUUUGCAGACCCUGGAAGGACUGAGUGGAGAAGACCUGAAGCUUGUCAUGGAGAUGAAAUCCGCAGCACUGAAGACUAUCCCUGGUCAAGGAGGUGAAGCUGCUAAUGACCAGGAUGUGCUCCUGACCAUGAGCACGAUAACCGACGAAGGCGUGAUGGCAGUAAAGAAUGCAGCUUGCCAGAGGCUGCUGGAUCAGCGAUCGGAGCGUAAGAUGAAAUCCAAGAAGAUGCCUACCGUGUUGAAUCGCUUCCAUGUAGCAAUGCCAAAGCCGCGUGACCAAAAGGAGAGGCCAGUCUGCAUACCCCAAGCAGUUUUGGAAGCCAGAGCAGAAGAGGCAGCACACGAGGAGAGAAAAACCGAGAAGGAUAUCGAAAAUGAGAAUGGUGGUGCUGGUGUGUACUCUGCCAGCUUGAGGAAGCACUACAUUCUAGCGGAUGACGAUUGGAAGCUGGACAUAUUGCCCGAGUUCCUCGAUGGCCAUAAUGUGUAUGAUUUCAUUGAUCCGGAUAUCUUGCAGAGGGUUGAGGAGCUGGAACGUGAAGAAUCAGCAGUAGAGGAAGAUGGUGGUGACUUUGAGAUCGAGGAUGAAGAUUUUACUGCCGAGGCUGAAAAAGACCUGCAAGAAAUCAGGAAGAGGAAGAAGCUGUUGAUCCAAAAGCAUAGGAUCAAGAAGAGCACUGCAGAAAGUCGGCCAACUGUGCCUAGGAAAUUUGACAAGGACAGGAAGUUCACUACUGAGAGAAUGGGAAGGCAGCUGUCAAGCUUGGGGAUCGAUCCUUCUCGUGCUAUCGAACGUGCUAGGAGCAGGUCUGUCUCCAGGAAAGGAAGGAAGAGAGAGAGGUCUGUUGGUGGGGAUGGUGAGGAUGAAAUGGAGAUCGAUGGUGGUUUGGAUAACAAGAAGAAGCUGAGGCUGAGAUCGAGGUCGAUGUCGAGGUCAAGAUCAGUGUUGUCUCAGCGGCCUCUUGGGGAGGUUGUACCUGGAGAAGGGUUCAAGGACUCUGCUCAGAAGAUGAAAGCCGUUACAAUGGCCAGGAAUGCUACCAAGAAGAGGAACAAGGAUGCUCGGCGUGGUGAGGCAGAUAGAGUUAUCCCGACGCUUAGACCGAAGCACCUGUUCUCUGGGAAGCGCUCCAUCGGGAAAACAGAUCGAAGAUAA